CCCUUGUGCUCUACCAGGUGUUAGCCUCUGCGCAAGAUUUCAAAGCGAAUCUGAAAGCUUGACGUGACCAAUAAUUGUACAAACAAAAAAAACACAAGCUCCUAUUAACAAAUAGUUAACCCAUCUUUUUCUACGCGUUUUACGAGAUAAUAAUUUCUUUUUCCUUUGACGACUAAAGAAGAUUUAGAAAUUCUAUUUCAUUUAAUCCCCAUAAGUUUCCGUUUCGGUUUCAGGCAGCUGUAGAGCAGCAAGUAGUAUACGAUCGCGUGGCCACUUCGUUCUCCUUUUCUCUUUUCCCCUAUCCUCUUCCCCUGAAAGAGCGCCGAGCUCCUGCGUGGACGAACCAUACAUACGCAAGAUGGGUCAAAGUGUAUCGUGGUUAUCCGGCCUACUGUGGGCGAAGAAGGAGAUAAGAAUCUUAAUCCUAGGUCUUGAUAACGCGGGAAAGACGACAUUAUUAUAUAGAUUGAAGAUAGGCGAAGUAGUAACGACAAUCCCCACGAUCGGGUUUAACGUCGAGUCGGUAACCUACAAGAACCUAAAUUUCAACGUGUGGGACCUCGGUGGACAGACCUCGAUCCGGCCCUAUUGGCGGUGUUACUACGCGAACACGGCCGCUGUCAUCUUCGUUGUCGAUAGCACGGACAUCGAGCGUCUUCAGACCGCAGCCGAGGAAUUAGCUGCCAUGCUGAACGAGGACGAAUUGAGGGAUGCUGCGCUUCUGGUUUUUGCCAACAAGCAAGAUCAGCCCGGUGCUAAGGGUGCGGGAGAAAUAUCCGAGGCAUUGCGAUUAGGCGAAUUGAGGGAUCGCAACUGGAGCAUUGUCGCAUGCUCAGCCGUUGACGGAAGUGGUGUCAACGAAGGCAUGGAUUGGUUGGUGCAAACCGUGUCGCAGGACUAAACGGCCGGACCUCGUACAACGCCUUCUGUACAACAUUCAUCGACAGCAUAAACAUGAACGUCACAACCAAGAUUCUUCUUGGCAUCUCAACUAUUUCUCAUUGGUAUCGCAUCCGUACAGUUUUGGGUAGACGGUUCC